GAGGUGGGGCUUCGUCAUUGGCUGGCGGUGUCACGGGGUGAGAGGCCCCGGAUGUAGCUGACGCGUAGUUCCGCCUGGGUUCUGUUUUGAGGGGUGUCAGCGGCCACGAAGAUGGCCGAUCCUCCCUUCCAGAAACCCGUGGUGGAGAACGCCGCCGUCGCCGCAGUGUGGUCAGUAUUUGCAGACUAUGGCUGGUUCAUCCUCGUUGGCCUUAUUUUGCUAUACAUACUUGCACAAAACCUCCCCAGAAAGAUCCGUGAACACCGCUCAGAUCCACCUGCUUACGAAGCUGAAGCUAUCGUUAGGCGAGAGGAAGCCAUGAUGGCGGCCCGACGGAGGAUGCAGGAAGAGAUUGAUGCAAAGGCAGCAGCUUUCAGGGAAAAGCAGACAGAGCGUGAAGAGGAAAAAAGAAGGCAAAAGAUAGCCAAGUGGGAGAGCAUGAAAGAGGGCAAAAGUUACAAGACGACUCUCGGACAGACGCUUGGACAGAGCCCGGCGGAGGAACCUGACUCGGGACCUUCGACAUCAGCUGCUGCCGCGAAACCAAAAGCAGAUAAAAAACCCUUACGAAGUGGUGGUUACAACCCCCUCUCCGGCGAAGGUGGCGGGUCUUGUGUGUGGCGGCCGGGACGCAGAGGCCCUUCAUCAGGCGGAUGACGCUAACCCGGCUGGUGGUUCCCAUCGACACCAGCAGGGAGUGACUGCGCACCCCUUCGAUUGUUGCUGUCUGCAAGUUGCUCGGGGAGAGGCUCGGGAGAGAGGGCAGCCGCUGUGCCGUGACAGCCUCAAAAGCGUUGAAAUGAGAGAUUUUAAUGCCGUUAGCCGUGACUCAAAGUGCAUGAAGAAUGUGGUGGAUUGUGAACAGGAAGCAUCUCAAGCUACUACCGGUCCCCGUCCCCCCCAUUUUGGGCAAUAGCUGAGCACCUCAGUCAAGCCAGUAGCCUGACCUUAUUUUGCUUCUGAGUUAAGCUUUUGUGCAGAGAUUCCUGCUCUGUGCAACAGGGCUGUUCCCUUGCCUUAAGGGCUGGAGGGUAGAGAUGCUGCUAAAGUUGUCUGCAGGGGGAAAGGUGAGGGAUUUUUCUCUUCCAUUUGUUGCUCCAGGCCAGCAUUAGCUUUGGGACAUUACAGAUACCACAACCAAAGCAUGUACUCCUCCUGGCACUCUGGGAAUUAAGAGAACUCUGAGAAAGCGCAGUAGCCCACUGUCGAGCCGACACAGUCCGCUUCCAGGUGUGCGUCAUAGCACUCCUCAGGAAUGCUGCUUGUCAGGCACUCCAAAGCCCUUCGGGGCUUCCUUAAAAGUUCUCUGCGGGAGCAAAGAAAAACUCCUUUUAAAAAAUUAGUUUCUUUAAAAUUAGUGCUUCUAAAUCCAGUGUCCGGGACUUUGCUUUUCAGACCCGCAGGAGUCUGAAAUCCUCAAAAGGCUACUGGUUGCACCUGCACGUAGCUCUGCCGCACGUUCGUGCACUUUGAGGUUGCUUGACACGGUUCUUGGGCGCGGCUGUGAUGGGUGCGAGCGAGCCUCGUUGACUCCGUAGCAAGCAGCUGGAAAUGACGUCGUCCUUACAAAUGGCCAACAGGCCACCGGGGACCACUGAAGCUCAGUCAGCAAGGAAGGGGGAGCAGUUUGCCGCGUCACCUUUUUCUACGUUCGUUGCUUUGUAUGAAGAAAACUAUUAUAACGUUUGCGGUCUAGAUGUUUCUGUGGCAUUUUUUCCCCUUACGAUAAAUGUGUCCGAUGCAAGCUU